AAGGUUGCGCCCUCCGCUCCACAGUCUCUCCUUCCGCAGCCAUGAUGGGAGUCUUCGUAAAGACCUUCCUUCUGUGCCUCACUCUCUUCCACACAGGUUGGGGGGCGGAAGAAUGUGCGGUGGUUACGAGAGAGUACGAGUGGGAUGGCAACUACAAUGCCCAGUUCAAGAUCCAGACUACCGUGCCCUUCACCGGCUUUACCAUCCACCUCACCUUCGAUAACCCCGUCGACUCCAUUGAUUACUACACUGGUCAAGUAGAGAAGGAAGACGACACUCAUUUCACCCUCACCAACCCUAACUACAUAGCCCACGCCGGCGAUAUAAUACAGUUUGAGAUGCAUGUCCAGUACUCUGGCGAGAAGACCUUCGUGGUCGGAGCCUUCAUGAACGGCGAGGACGUCUGUGACGGCUCGGGCGACUGGACCACCCACCCACCCCUAGAGAACCCCUGUGAAGAGACAGGUAUGCUGCCAUACGACUACGGUCAGGUGUUGUGCAUGUCGUACGUGUUCUACGAGGCUCAGCGCUCAGGUAAACUGCCGGCUGAUCAGAGAGUCACCUGGCGUGGAGACUCAGCCAUGGGUGACGGCUCUGACGUGGGUCACGACCUUACUGGAGGCUACUACGACGCUGGUGACCACGUCAAGUUCGGCUUCCCGAUGGCCUUCACCGCCACAAUGCUGGGCUGGGGCCUUGUUGACUUCGCCGAAGGCCAGGAAACUGCAGGUCAGAUGGAUUAUGGUCGCGCAACUGUCAAGUGGGCAACUGACUACUUCUUAAAGGCACACACCGCCCACUUCGAAUUCUACGGCCAGGUUGGCAAGGGUACCCUAGAUCACGAUUACUGGGGCAGGCCUGAGGACAUGACCAUGGAGCGCCCUGCCUGGGACAUCGACAGCAAAGCUCCAGGAUCUGACUUGGCAGCUGAGACCGCCGCCGCCCUUGCCGCCGCUGCUAUAGUCUUCCAGGAAGUGGACCCACAGUACUCCUCCGAGAUGUUAGGAGUCGCCCAAGAACUUUAUGAAUUCGCCGACGAGAAGCGUGAGAUGUACAGCAACUCUAUCACCGACGCUGCCCAGUACUACAAGUCGUGGAGCGGGUACGGGGACGAGCUGUGUUGGGGAGCUCUCUGGCUCUACCGUGCUACACGGAACGACACCUACCUAAUGAAAGCCCAUGAAGCAUGGGACGAGUUUGACCUGGGUGCUGGAGCUGAAGAAUUUUCCUGGGAUGACAAGAAAGCUGGUGUUUAUGCGCUGUUCACACUACUUGAGCCGGACGAUGAAAAGUAUCCAGCCGCCCUGAAGGAGUUCCUGAGACACAUCCGAGAGGACAUGCCAUACACUCCCGGCGGCCUGGUGUUUAUUAACAAGUGGGGAGCCAACAGACACGCUGCCAACGUAGCUUUCCUCUCUUUAUGGGCUGCCAAACAAGGGAUGAACGUGAAGACCAACCGCGAUUUCGCCACUAGUCAGAUCAACUACAUUUUGGGAGACGUUGGCCAUUCCUUCGUGAUCGGCUACGGCGUCGAUCCCCCACAGAAACCCCAUCACCGCUCCAGCUCAUGUCCGUGGCCACCUGAGUCCUGCCUGGGAUAUCAACAGAAUCCGGGUCCCAACCCCCAUACGCUCUACGGCGCCCUCGUCGGUGGACCAGACCAGGACGGGAACUGGGUGGAUGACCGCCUCGACUAUGUGCACAACGAGGUGGCUUGUGAUUACAACGCCGCCUUCACCGGGGCUCUAGCAGGCAUGAUCGAGACCAACUAGAUGGUUCUGCGGAUGUGAUAGCAUACGGGGAAACACACACACACACACUGACCCUCUCGGCUCUCACUGACCAUCACCACGACCUCAUCUGUAAAUUGGUGAG